UCAACUAACGCUAUUUGUUGACUAGAGUGGAACUUUUAAUCCAAAAGUCAAUUUCACGGCUCCUGUAGUCUGACAACAAGCUUUCAACUGUGUGUUCAAAAAAGACCUUGGGGAAAAUCGCACAUUGACUCUAUUGAAAGCAAUUAGUCGCACGUGGCGUAAUCAACAUAUUGUGAACUUCUGAAACACGCGACAUAAAUGUCAACAUGUCUAAGUCACAAAAUCGUAGACAGUUAAGGGACGAUGCGGGCGAUGCCAUCUCUAUAAUCGAUAGUUUGUAUACGCAGAACAUACGCAUCGGUAGCGUGCAACAGGAGGAAACGGAGGCGAUCGAUCUCGUCUUGGAUGUUAAUGAAAACCCACCGAUUGUUGGUGUCAGUGGUGAGCGUGCAAAAUGGAGUCGGGAAAUAGAAUUUCUCUUCUCUUGCAUUGCGCUCUCCGUGGGAUUGGGUAACGUUUGGCGUUUUCCAUUUAUCGCACUGGAGAAUGGUGGCGGCGCAUUCGUUAUACCAUAUGUUAUAGUGUUGUUACUAAUCGGUCGGCCCGUUUAUUAUAUGGAAGUGCUGAUCGGACAAUUUGCCAGUCGUGGUGCGGUGGGUGUGUUCGAUAUGGCGCCGAUUAUGAAAGGUAUUGCCUAUGGUCAAGUCUAUGCCACAGCCUUGGCCACCACUUAUUAUGCGUCGAUUAUGGCAUUGACAAUUAAGUACUUAAUUGCUUCGUUUGCGGAAAUAUUGCCCUGGGCGACAUGUCUGCCGGAAUGGGGUGAGAAUUGUAUAUCCAUGACAAGCUAUAAUUCCACAGUCAGCGAUAAUGCGACGCAAGUGAAGUUGAUCUCAUCCGCGGAAUUGUAUUUUACCAAGAUUGUGCUACACGAAAAGGAGAAUAUUGAGCAUGGCAUUGGCACGCCGAGCUGGGAUUUAGCGAUCUAUCUGUUUAUUGUGUGGGUCAUAAUUGUAAUAACAUUGAUUAAGGGCAUUCACAGCUCUGGUAAAGCUUCAUAUUUUCUGGCACUUUUUCCUUAUGUAAUACUUUUUAUACUACUCGGCCGUGCGGUAACUUUGCCCGGCGCCUGGAAUGGCAUAGUUUAUUUCUUAAAACCGCAGUGGGAUCAGUUGCUUAAUGCUGAUGUUUGGUAUGCUGCCAUCACACAAAUGUUCUUCUCUCUGGCUAUUUGUCUGGGUACAUUGAUCAUGUACGCCUCGUUUAAUAAUUUCCAUAAGCGUGUUCACAAAGAUGUCAUAAUCGUCACCACAAUUGAUUCCUGCACCUCAAUACUCGCUGGUUGUGUUAUCUUUGCCAUACUCGGCAAUCUCGCGCUGGAAACGAAUACUACCGACAUCUCUAGAGUGGUAAAGGGUGGCGCUGGUUUGGCAUUCAUCUCAUAUCCAGAAGCUAUAGCGAAAUUUAAAUAUCUACCACAUUUAUUUUCGGUACUCUUCUUCUUCAUGCUAUUCGUGUUGGGCAUUGGCAGUAAUAUCGGCAUGUCUUCGUGUGUGAUCACCGUAAUCAAAGAUCGCUUCAGUCACAUACCACAAUGGGUAAUCACAAUCGGUUUUUCAUUAUGCAGUUUUCUUUGUGGAUUGAUCUAUACGACACCUGGCGGACAAUUUCUGCUAAACCUAAUCGAUUUCUUUGGUUGUUCAUUUAUAGCGUUAUUUUUGGCGAUUGGUGAGAUUGUAACGGUUUCGUGGAUUUACGGCGUCAAACGCUUCUGCAAGGACAUUGAGUUCAUGUGCGAUCUCAAAACGGGUCUUUAUUGGCGCGUCUGUUGGGCGAUUGUAACGCCGGGUCUCAUGUUUCUUGUGCUUGUCUAUACGCUGAUCACUUACAAGCCGCUCGAGUACAAGGGUGUUGAGUAUCCGGAUUAUAUAAUGAAUAUUGCUUGGCUACUUUGGUUCAUUGGUGUAGGACAAUUGCCUUUCUGGGCUUUAUAUACGGUGUACACGCAGCCGGGUAGUACGCUGAAGGAGAAAUUCCGACAAGCCAUGCAGCCCACAACCAAUUGGGGUCCUGCGUCACCAGAAAAAUUCGAAAAAUAUAUAUUAUUCAUGAAGAAUUCGCGGCAAAGCACGGAAGAUGGCUGGACAACGCGUUUCUAUGACAAUAUAUUUGGUUAAGUUAUUUAAAUUUAUUUUAUUUUAUUUUUUAUUAUUACUUAAUUUUUAAUUUUUUUUUUGUUUUAUUAUUUAUUUUUAUUAAUACCUAAGUACUUAACCUUCUUUAGUACUAAGAAAAAAUACUUUUCCACCACGAAAGCAAGCAAAA